AUGGCCCGGCAACGUAAAACCACCGAGAAAAAAAACGAUAAGGGUACAAAUAGUAGUAGCAGUAAUGGUAGUAAUUAUGUGGAUACGAAAGCAAAACCGGCUACAGGGAUUUUUAUGUUUUGGAAACAAAUAAUUGGGUGUACGGUAUUGUUUAUCGCUGUUGUUUUUGGGUAUUUGGGAUAUUUGGAAACAAGGGUUAUAACACCUUUUGACAGUGCAAAGGUUGUUGCCAAAAGUGGUUUGGAUGUCCCAUUGUUGUAUUGGGGUUCUUACCGUCCCGGGACUUACUUUGGUUUAAAAACUAGAGAGGCAAAUUCUUUAGUCAAUGGGUUAAUGUGGUAUUUUCCCAGAACUCUUAGGCCUGGAGGUGAUGGUAUUAGACAUUGGUGUGAACAAAAUGACAAUCUUAGUAAAUAUGGAUGGAAAAAACAUGAUGGGUACAAUUUUGGAGUGCAAGAAAUUAUUGAUGGGCCUUUUAAGUUAACUACAUCUUUUGUAAAAAGGCCUGGAGGAAAACAUGGAGGGGAUUGGACAGCAAGAGUAGAAGUUGAUGUUUUGCCUGAAUAUGCAUCUCUUAAAAACGAAGAAGCAGCAUUGCUGUGGUAUACUGCAUUGGAUGAGUAUACAAAGGGAUUUAUUAAACCUACGAACAGUGCCACCAAAAUUACGGGCGUUAGAGGGGAAACCUCUGGUUUGGGUCAAUUUGUGAUUAAAAUAUUUAAUAAUUCGGGAGUAAUAGAAAAUGAAUCAUUCCUUAGUACAGAAGCUCCUGGACUGCAUUUACUUAAGGAAACUGUGAUAACUAAUUUAAGAUUGAUGUCAAGUAAACCUGAUGGUCCAAAGAAAAUUGUUUUGGCUGGAGAAACUCAGCCUUUAGGAGGUUUGGAGAAGAGGGAGCCAAACUUUAUUGUCACCCAAAUUCAGGGAAGAGUCCCAUUUUCAAUCGAUAUUGUAUACGAGUCCGGCAGUUUUUACGAUAGGCCUGACACUUUUUCAGGGGAAAGUUACACCCAAGCUCUAAACUGGCAUUCGACCAGGUUUGGUCAAAAAUUCGAAAAUAUCUUUGGGCUUCAGAAAAAAGGAUUUAAGGAUGAUGACAUUGAAUUUGCUCAAUCAACUUUAAGCAAUACGGUGGGUGGAAUUGGUUACUUUUACGGCGCUUCUAGAGUGCAAAGUUUUUACAAUGCUGACCCAGUUUAUUAUUGGAACGCUCCCCUAUACACUGGUGUCCCUUCCAGGAGUUUCUUUCCGAGAGGAUUCCUGUGGGACGAAGGCUUCCAUGGCCUACUGCUGUCCCAGUGGGAUCUCGACAUGGAGUUGGACAUAAUAAGCCACUGGUUCGAUUUGAUGAACGCGGAAGGUUGGAUUCCGAGGGAGCAAAUAUUGGGCGUGGAGUCGCUCGCCAAAGUUCCCGAACAGUUCGUCGUGCAGCGCAACACGAACGCCAACCCGCCCACCUUCUUCCUCACGCUGAGACACAUCAUCGAAAACUACGAAGAAAGUUUGACGGGUCAAAGGCUCGAGCUGCUCGAAAGGCUCUAUCCAAGAUUGCAGGCAUGGUUCUCGUGGUUCAACGCAACCCAAAAAGGCACUGCGCCCGGUUCUUACAUCUGGAAAGGUCGCGACCCCUUGACGAAAAGGGAACUGAACCCGAAAACGCUGACAUCCGGUCUGGACGACUUUCCCAGGGCCUCGCAUCCGACCGAACACGAACGUCACAUCGACUUGUACUGUUGGAUCGCGAUGGCCGCCGACACCAUGUCGAAAAUGUCGAAGUUGCUGAAACGCGAUUUUUUCAAGUACGAGCAAACCGCCAACUACCUCAAAGACAAUAAGUUGAUGAGCCAGCUGCACUGGUCGGAGUACGCUCAGUCCUUUGCCGACUACGGUUUACAUACCGACUCGGUUAUACUGAAAAGGCCGAAACCUUUGCCGAGGUCCGAGCACCAGAACCUGGAGUUGGUCAGGGUGACGUUGAAAAACCCCGAGUACCGACUGGUGGACACGACGUUCGGUUACGUCAACAUCUUCCCGUUCCUGAUGCGGUUGGUAGAACCGGAUUCGCAUGUGCUGCGCAAAAUUUUGACCGACAUCCGCAACCCCGAACUGCUUUGGACGGAGUACGGGCUGCGCUCGCUCGCCCCCUCGUCCCCGCUGUACAUGAAGCGGAACACCGAGCACGACCCCCCCUACUGGCGGGGCCAGGUCUGGAUCAACGUCAACUACUUGGCGAUCGCAGCCCUGAAUCACUACGGGGAGGUGGAGGGCCCGUUCCGGAACCAGGCCCGCGAAAUCUACAGGGAGCUGAGAGCGAACGUGAUGGAGAAUGUCGUGCGGCAGUACCGGAAGUCCGGUUACGUUUGGGAGCAGUACAACGACAAAACCGGGGAGGGGAGCGGAUGCCGGCCGUUUACAGGGUGGACGGCUCUGGUGGUCAACAUCAUGGGGGAGAAAUAUUGA